AUCAUUGUUUUAAUUGGUUUAUUAUAAAAGCUGGUCUUCAAGAGUAUCGAACAUAGUUUUUUCUACCUUCGAAUAAACAACGUCAACCAUGUCUCCUUACACCGUGUUGGUCCUCUGCAUCCAAAUCUGCCUGAUUCAGUCAGUGAUGAGCCAGCGCUGCUGCGGCUCCAGCAUCGGCAGCUACGGUUCCAGCUCCGGCAGCAGCUACGGUUCCAGCUCCGGCAGCUGCGGCUCGUACGGCGGGCAGGGCUACGGGGUGGUGAGCGCGGCCGGCGACAUCGACGCGUGCGGCAACACCUGCGUCACCGGCGCAGUGCCCGUGCUCGGCUCCGUCAGCUUCAGCGGCUGCGCGCCCGCCUGCGGCUCCGUCUCCAUCUGCGGACAGUGCGGAUGCGGAUGCAACUAAAUUAUUCACUCUCAACGAUUAUCCGAUUCAAUUGUACACGUGUCCUGAAAUAAAGCAAUUAUAAAAAAAAACAC